GAGGUGAUCGGUUCUAAGGCGCGCUGAUCCGCCCUUCUUGAAAGCUUGCCAACCAGGCGACUGCUAAGCCAAGCAAGCCUGAAAUGGCUGCACAACUCCCAGGGUCGGUGGACUCCCCAACAUCCAGCUCCCAAACGCAGCCCCUGGAAAGAGAAUACCUGACGACGCUGCAAGAAGCGAGCCGGGCCCUAUUCUCCCAGGCCCCGCAGGCAAGCGGGCUGCGCAACCAGGCAAAACUCUCACUGACAUCAUCGACGCUCGGGUCUGAUGGCCGCCCGAGCCCCCUCACAGCGUUGCAGCAGCAGCAGCAGAAUGAGGCGUUUCCAGAACAGUACUUGGCGCCCGUCCAGGGCAGGGGUUUGGACUUGUCAAGGAGCACGCUCGGGCAAACGGAGAGAGACGCUCUCGUUGACGCCGUUUUGAAGUACCAGGAGCUGUUGGUGCGCCUGGGCCACGCACAGGAAGCGCAGGCCAUCUCGUCAUCCCUUGUGGCUGCCAGGCGCGCGCAGCGCAGGCUGAGUUUUCGCCCCAGUUCCCUGGUUGCUCCGUUGGACGACUCUGCGACCGGGCUCGACAUCCUCCUCAAGGACGGUUUCCUUGCGUUCCUGCAACGGCUCACACCGCACCUGCCACCCGUGCCACAGCAGGUGGUCAAGUUCAAGAACGUGAGCUACACGUCUCAGAUCCGGCGCACCACCAAAGGCUACGCCACAGUCGGCAGCAAGCUGGUGGACUGCUUCGCGCCCUGCAUGAAGGAGAAGGCGCCCAUUGAGAUGUUCCACAUACUGGACGACUGCACGGGCUACCUGAUGCCUGGCACGCUGACGCUGGUGCUGGGGCCCCCGGGGUGCGGCAAGUCCAGCUUCCAUCAGGUCUUGGCCGGGCGAGCUUGGACGGACAAGACGACAAAGCUGACGGGAGAGGUGACGUAUAACCACCAGCCGGUCGCGGAGACGCAAUACCGACGGCUAGCCACGUACAUCGGCCAGACGGACAAGCACCUGCCGACGCUGACGGUGCGCGAGACGUGCGACUUUGCGCGCGACUGCACGACGGACACGCUGGUGACGGACGAGAGCCACCGGCAGUACCUUUUCCAAGUUGGCGGGGCCGUGGGGGAAGCACUUGAAAACCGAGGUUAUCCUUAA